AUGAACAAAAGCCCCCGGCCUCAGACCAGCCAUGACACAAAGGAAGGAGUGGCUGAUAAGAAAGCAGCACAGAUGCUUCCUCAGAGCCCCGGCAGUGAGCCUCCAGGUCUCAGCGCAGCAUUCAAAGUGCGCAGGACAGAGAUGCUCAGAGGAGGUGGCUCGGCUCCUGUCUGCACUUGCACACCAGAUGCGCUCUGCCUCAGCUCUGGAAUGUGUUUUCCAGUUACUAUCCAGUUAAGGCAUAACAAAGCAAAUCGAGUAACACCUCAGAGGCUUACUGCUUCUGUGGUAACACCAUUGUGGAUCUUGGAUGUUAUCUUGGGACUGCCAGGAAACAACUUAGUGUUAAGGAUUUUCUGUUGCCAGGCUCCAUGGAAGCCAGCCACUAUUUGCUUCCUGAAUCUGGUGAUGGCUGAUGUUCUGCUCCUUCUUGUCCUCGGAGGUCGGACUUUUGGCCACGCACUUUGCUACCUCCACUUUUUCAUGCUGCCAGUGAAACAGGCAGCAAGCGUCAUCUUCAUCACCCUUCUGGUAAUAGACGGCUUCUACAGAAGAGUCCUCCAACAUCAUUCCAUUUGCCACCUCAGCAUUCAGCACACAGUAAUCACUGACACGGUCUAGAUUACAGUGAUGACCCUUUGGCUUCCUCUGCUUUUGAGCAAGAAACUAAAGACUGUCUGAUAACUGAUAGCAGGAAUAAGGGUGCACAAUUCAUUCUGUCUGAUAGAGUUUGUCCUGGCUUUCCUGCUAGUAGUGGUGUGCUGUGUGCAUCUGUUCCACAUAUGUGGUAACAGUCAGCUUCUAAAGCAUCACAGAGUGAAACGUACAAAUAAUUUGCUUUUGACUCUUGUGGUCAUGUUUGUCUUCUGCUUCCUGUCCUGUUAUAUCAUGGGCUGUGGUCUCUUCCACCAAGAUGUCUCCUCAUGCUCCCCCCAGCUUCUGGUCGGUCAGCUGUUCUGGCUGUCAUUUAGCCUCAUCUAA